AUGAGUAAACACCUUGUUAGUGGCGUAACGUGCUCCGUUUUACUGUUGCUGGCCCACUGCUUUCUGGUGAUAAACGCCGAUUUUUCCUACGAUGACCCCGAUCGCUGGGCGGAAACGGAUCCGGAAUGCGCCGGCUCACGCCAGAGUCCGAUCGACAUCGUCCGGGCGGCGACGGUCGCGGCUCCCGAGCAGGACUACCCGUUGAAGCUGCAAGGAUUCUUUCGCCAGCCCGUCACGAUCACGGUGGAGAACAAUGGCCACACGGCCCAGUACACGUUCGGGUGGAGCAAGGACAGCAACCGGCCGACGAUUCGUGGGGGCCCGCUGGGCAGCUCGAUCUACGCGUUCGAGCAGCUCCACUUCCACUGGGGUGCCGAGGACGACCGCGGGUCGGAGCACACGUUCGACGGGCAGGCCCUGCCGCUCGAGGGACACUUUGUGUUCUUCAACCGGGACUACGGCACGUUCGAGAAGGCCGUCGAGCAGCCGGAUGGUCUGUCGGUGAUGGGCGUACUGUUCGAGCUGCGCCCGAACCUCGCCGAAGCCAAGUGGGCACGGCCCCUCGGCAAGGUACGGCAGGCCGGCUCGAGCGCCACGCUCACCGGCAAGGAUGUGUUCAGUCUGAACGAUGUGGCCGGCAGCGACUGGGACCGGUACUACGCGUACCCGGGCAGCCUCACGACGCCUCCCUGUGCCGAGAGUGUGACCUGGAUCGUGCGCAGCGAACCGUUCCCGGUGGCCCCGAAGGACCUGCGGGCUUUGCGGAACUUGCUCGACUCGAACGGCGCGCCGCUGGUUGACAACUUUCGGCCGGUGCAACCACUCAACGACCGCACCGUCACGCGCUACGGCUUCUAA